AAAACCUCGGCUGUAAUCGCAAUAACACAAUCAAAACCGUGUAAUGCUUUUAUUCACUCCCACUUUGUUUCAUUUUCAUUAGCUUCUUUAUCUUUUUUUCUAAAAAGAUUUUUCACUCGUUGAUUGAUUCUGAACUAACUAGUAGCUAAUAAUAUAGAGAUUCAUAAAAGAUAGCUCUUUUACACUUUUUUAUACACAAGUAUAUUUCUGUUUCUUCUUUUUCUUGAAUGAUUAUUUAGAGAAAGUUAGAUUCUUUCUGGUAUACUUUUUAGAAAUCCACUUUGUUUCUGAGCUUCAAUUUUAGUUUCUGUAAGUUUUUUCUUUGGGGUUUUAAAGGAGCAGUGAACAGACAGAACAACUCAGUUCUUCAUACCCAAGGAAGACGGACAUUGAUUUAAGUUGCAGGAAUUUGUCAGAACAGAAAGAGAGAAGAAGGAAGCAAAACCCAAGGCUAUUCACGUGUUUGGUUAUGGAAUUUCAUGGAAGUACAAGUACUGAUUUUGGUCUAAGGAAAUAGAAUUUUCUUAGCAGAGAGAGACCAAAGAGUUUUCUGGUUUUUUUUGAUCAAUGGAGGAAACUAUGAAAGAAGAACCAAUUAUUAAGAAGAUGAAGAAACAAUUAACAGGGAAACGUGAUGAUACACCUUUACAUUCAGCAGUAAGAUGUGGAAAUUUAGAUGAGAUUAAAGAAAUUUUAAGUAAAACAGAAGGUGAUGAAUUGAGAGAAUUAUUAUGUAAACAAAAUCAAUCCGGUGAAACAGCUCUUUAUGUUGCAGCUGAAUAUGGUGAUGUUGCUCUUGUUGAAGAAAUGAUCAAGUAUUACGAUUUUAACUCAGCUGGACUUAAAGCUAGAAAUGGUUAUGAUGCUUUUCAUAUUGCUGCUAAACAAGGAGAUUUAGAGAUAAUGAAGGUGUUAUGGAAAGCACACCCAACACUAUCAAUGACAGUAGAUGCAUCAAACACAACAGCUUUACAUACAGCAGCAACACAAGGACGUCUUUCAGUAGUGAAUUUUCUGUUAGAAGUAGAUGGAGAUUUAGCUAAAAUCACGAAAAACAAUAAGAAAACUGCUUUACACUCGGCUGCAAGGAAUGGGCAUUUAGAGGUUUUGAAGUCAUUAGUAAGUGAAGAACCUGGGAUUGUAACAUUGAAUGAUAAGAAAGGGCAAACUGCACUCCAUAUGGCAGUUAAAGGACAGAAGAAUGUUGAAAUUGUUGAAGAAUUGAUUAAAGCUAAUCCUUGUCUGAUUAAUAUGGUUGAUGGUAAAGGAAACACAUCUUUACAUGUAGCCACCCGGAAAGGUGGAGCUCAGAUUGUAAAGAUGCUACUAGAGCAAGAGGAAACUGAUAAGAAAGCAGUUAACAGAGUAGGAGAAACAGCUCGUGACACUGCCGAGAAAAGUGGUAACACAGAAAUCAGUGGUAUCCUACAAGAAUAUGGUGUCUUAAGAGCUAAAGACAUUAUCAAUCCACCACAAAAAAGUGCAGCUCGAGAGCUGAAGCAAACCGUUAGCGACAUAAAGCACGACGUCCAUUACCAACUUGAACACACUAAGAAGACCAGAAAACGUGUGCAAGGGAUUCGUAAGCAAAUCAACAAAAUGCAUAUGGAUGGCCUAAACAAUGCAAUCAACUCCACAACAGUGGUUGCUGUGCUUAUCGCUACUGUGGCCUUUGCAGCCAUCUUCCAAAUCCCUGGCCAGUUUGAGGAUGAUCCGGACAACCUUCCUAAGGGACACUACACCGGCCAAGCAAGAAUCGCUUCAAAGGCGCCGUUUUUGGUUUUCUUUAUUUUCGACUCAUUUGCUCUCUUUAUAUCCCUGGCGGUCGUGGUGGUGCAGACUUCUGUCGUAGUUAUUGAGAGAGAAGCCAAGAAAAAGAUGAUGUCAAUCAUCAAUAAACUAAUGUGGUUAGCCUGCAUACUGAUCUCAAUUGCAUUUUUAGCGCUAGCGUUCAUUGUAGUGGGGAAAAAAGAGAGGUGGUUAGCUAUUGGAGUGACAGUCAUAGGAUCAAUAAUCAUGGUAACAACACUAGGUAUAAUGUGCUAUCUGGUGAUGAGGCAUCGGCGUGAAGCAUCCAAUCGUAGAAGCAUGAGAAGGUCAUCUUUAGGAAGUAGAUCCCUGUCAUGGUCCUUGUCAGCAUCUGAUGAAGAUGUUAACGAGAUGAAGACCAUAUAUGCAAUCUGAGGUUUUUUAUUUAUUUAUUUAUUUAUUAUUAUUAUUUUUUUUGUAAUAGAUGGCGAUACAAAUGCUCUUCCUCCUAUAUAUAUAUAUAUAUUUUCUUCUACGUGGA